AUGCAGUACAUGUAUGUUGUCAGCUCUCACACCAACUCCAAUGCUGCCAACAUUCCUAACGCAUCUCUGAUAUCAACUGUAACGUUGUCAUUUUAUGUUGUACAUGCUGUCUUGGCUCAUCCUUCAUGUUCGUUUGUCGUGCAGUCCGCCACUCCGUUUGUAAACAACUCCCACCAAUGUAUUACAUCUGCUGCUCUCUCUGAUUUGUUGUCCCAAAUUGAUGAAUUCCUACUCCACAAUAUCAUAAAAAAAUUCUCCUUUCCUACUUUGACAGUGAAUUUAAUAUGCGACGGGUUUUCUAUCCAAAUGUUCCUAUUUAGCUGCAGCGCAUGCUGUGUCUCCACAUGUCCAGACUUUGCCAAGUUUGAAUACUCUUAUUACACAGCAGCAGCACGUGCUCUGCUGUCUCCGAGUCCACUUUACACCACCGAUAAUCAAUCCCAGCCUACACCCUUUUGUAUAUCAAUCUUAGACAAAUUGGUCAACAUGGUCUACCAGUAG